CCCCACCCGGCAGCGUCUGCUCUCAGCAUCCGCAACGGCCAUGGCCUUCGUCGCCAUCCACGCCCGCCUCGCCGUCCUUCCCCCUCGCCUCAGCGCCGCCGCCUCGUCUCUCCGCUCCGCCCCUCCCCGCACCCGCCUCCCGCCGCUCAGGACCUCAACCGGACACAUCUUCCGCAGCCUGCGGUGCCGGCGCCGGCCGUGUCGCGCUCGCGCUCGCGCCGCCUCCAUCUCCAUCACCGCGUCGCUCGACCUCACCGAGGACAACGUCCGGCAGGCCAUCGUCGACGCCAAAGCCGAGCUGGCCCAGCUGUUCGACACGUCGGUCGGGAUAACAGGGCAAGUUGAUCUGGCGGAGCUGGACGGGCCGUUCGUGAAGCUCCGGCUGAAGGGCAAGUUCUGGCACACCCGCGCCACCGUCGUCGCGCGGAUUGGCAACUACCUCAAGAACCGCAUACCGGAAAUCUUGGAGGUGGAGAUCGAGGAUGAGGACCAGCUUGACGACAGCCCAGCGGCUUACUGAGGGUAAAGAACAUGCAGGCUGUUGCUGAGGGCGCCUACUUUUUCAGUACCAGGUUUGGUCGGCGUAGGCUCAUAUUUUUUGUAAGCGGAAAAGGAUGUUGCAAUGAUGUUGUACAUUUAUGCGUUAGCUAACUCAUGCCAAUGAUGUUUAAGUUGGUGUGCUCAUCAUACUGCAUUUGGAAUGCCACUGCAUCAGAAUGUCACUGUAGUCAUGCGUUCAUUAUGUCUUGUGAUGUGGACAGCCCUCGGGUAGAACUGAAAGCCCACAAUCACUCACAGAAUGGGUUCACAUGAUCCCCCAUGAGCCAUCUAUAAUUAAACUGUAAUUUCUAUGUAAAUACGGAUGCGGCGUUAUGUUAUUCUCGCACUUCUUA